GUUUCAAAGCUGCUUUACUUUCAUUUUCUAGUUCAGUCACCGUGACAAUUUGGUGUAUAUAUUGCUCUGCUGUGGGGCUGUUAUAUCCAACCCUAACUUUCAGCUUGAACUACGUUUCGGAGAUUCCGCUUCACUCUUUUUCCUACCGACUUGUGCUGUUGACUUUCCCUGGGAGCCGCAAACUAGGAAGCAAGAAAGCGCUACGCCUGCCGGGGGCCUGACAGAACCGGCCUACUGGUAUUUGUAAACCAGGAUCAUGCAGGAUGGACAUAUUGAUGCCUGCAUUUAUUCUGUUCUCCUCGGUGUCAGCAGAAAUUCAUAUAUUUGGCUGGUACAAACACAUCUACAGAGAAAAUCAACAAGCAGCGAAUCAGGUGAUAAGCUUCAUUGACGAUAUACCUACUGGAAUAUAUAACAGCAAAACCAAGAUAUUUAAAUAUAUAAAUGGUUUUGGAUCAGAAGGGAAAUUAUUUGUGUCAGAAAGCAUCCAGACUUCCCAUUGCCAGAUUUGUGAACGUCUGCGUUAUGGUGAUUAUGAUGAUCUUGUGAGGGACACAAACAUGACCUAUAUGAAUGAUGAUUUCUUCUUUCUCCAGUUUGUAAAAGGCUGUGAGCUGGAUACUGAAAGUGGGAAGAUGAGCAGCUUUACAUAUUACGCGCUCAAUGGGGUACAUUUUAUGCAUGUCGACCUGAAGACUUCACAAUGGCAGUCCAGUCACCCAGCUUCUCAGAGAAUUGUUCAGAUAUGGAACAAAAAGUUUGGAAUUUACAAUAUAAUCAGUGAAAAGGAAUGCCAGGAACGGUUACAAAAAAAUCUGGUUUGGCUGUACAGCAAAACAGCUACUCCAAAGGUGAGAAUACUUUAUCGAGAACCAGAUGGCACCGACCCUGCCCGUUUGAUGUGUCACGUGACUAGAUUUUAUCCUCGUGAUAUUGAUGUGAUCUGGUAUAAGGGGAACAUUUCCCUAGUGGAUGAGCAGAUAAGGGGCGAAACACUGCCGAAUGGUGACUUAACAUACCAAAUAGGAGUGGUUAUAGAAGACCCUGAAAGUACUGCAGAUUACCAUUGCAUAGUUAAGCAUCGCAGUCUGAAGGAGAAUGAAAUGCGUGUGGAUUGGGGUGCACCAGCUGCAACCAUCAAAAUAGUUUGGAUCUAUGUGCUCAUUCUGUUUUUGGUUUUAUUACUGGUUGCUGGAAUUAUACUGUACAGGAUUAAGUCAGAAAAUCAACAUUCACAACCCCGUGUAAAUCGUGCAUGGGAUGCACAAGACCAGCAGGAGCUAGAUCAUAUGAAUGUGGAGACCACACAUUAAACAAACAUAUAUUUCAAAGGAGCAGUUCACCUUUAAGUUACAUUUUGGUAUGUUAUAGGCAACAGAAGAGGUAUGUGCCUAGCCCCCCCAUGCAUACACUUUGUGCCCUAGGCAUGUGCCUCUAUUGCAAAGUCAUGGUAUCUAGCCUUCUAAAUACUCCUGGAAGGCCAAUCUGCAGGUCAGUUAUGUUGACAUUAUGUGUAAACAUACAUUAUUUGUCCCAAAUGUUGUUGGCUAAAUUAAUUAUUUACAUCUGUAACUUUGUUAUGGACUAAGGAGGGCACUUAAAUUUGGGGGUGUUGGAAUUUCUGUUAAAGGAACCUUUUUUAGGAAGGCCAAUGUAAAUACAGCCAUAAGCACUCACAGAAAAGCUGCAGUCCUCUAUCAAUAGAAACACAGGAUUUCUUGUCUUCUUUUGUGUAAACAUGUUCUUCAGUAUCAAACAUUCUCUCACAGAAAAAUCCUUCAUUCCCUGGGCCCUCUGUGCAGCUCUCUCCCUUCUCCUGCCUAUUAGAAUGUGUGAUCUGAGCUACCAGUAGCUAGAGCUGCAGAACGGAAGUUACAGAGACCUAGCUAAAAUGGCAGCUGCUAUCUUAAACAAACAGAGGGAGCUUCUAGGGCUCUUAACUCAGGUUUGUUAUUAUUGCAGCUAAUCUAUUGCCUUUCCUUUUCCUUUAAACUCUACCCUAGAUGGCUGCUGAUUCCACCCCCUACAGGUGUUCAACAGUAUCAGUAAAAUACCCCAACUCCAUUGAUUAACAGUAGAUUACUGGGAGGACAGUUUAUGGUUCUUCCACCUAGGUGGCCAAAUCAAGCAAAGAUGUAGACAUAUGUUACAUAAUGUUACAAGCGCCAGGGGCAUCACCAUGCCCAUCACCGCAUGCACCCUGUGCUCUGCUGCAAUUAUGAUUAUUGUAACCUUUUUUCAAUUUGCCUUUAAAGCUGCCUCUUGCUUCUUGAAACAUUUAAGGAUUGUAUCUAAUGGGAACACAUUUUUUAGAAGAAAUAAAUGGUUGUUACAAUUGUGAGUAGAACCACCUUAAGGGUGAAGACACACAGCCAUUUCUCGAGAGCGGCGGAUUUCAAAUCCGGCCACCCCCUCCCCAUGCGCGAACAAGCUCCCCAAUCGCGCAUGCGCCCCUAAAUUUGUGCCACCCUAGGCCUGGGCCUUUGUGGCCUUGCCACAAAUCCGGGCCUGCUUGUCGGGGCUACU